CGGGGCGUGCACGCACCCGGAUGCCUUGCGGGAGCGAGCGCGUCCGGGACCCCGCGGCCGGAGGAGCCGGGCGGGUUAAGGCUUCCGUGCUUGUGGUUCAGGAUCCCAGGAUUGAAAAUAACAGCAGGGAGGACCUGGUCCCACUUCCCUUCAUCUUACAGAUAAGGAAAUUGGCAUCUGGUGAGAUGCAUCUAUUUGUGUAGAGAUCCUGUGGGGAAUAAACAAUGGAUUCCUUGGACCACAUGCUGACGGAUCCCCUGGAACUUGGUCCAUGUGGAGAUGGCCAUGGCACGCGUAUUAUGGAGGACUGCCUGCUGGGAGGCACGAGGGUUAGUCUGCCUGAGGACCUUCUGGAGGAUCCUGAGAUAUUCUUUGAUGUCGUCAGCCUUUCAACAUGGCAAGAAGUAUUAAGUGACUCUCAACGUGAGCACCUGCAGCGGUUUCUGCCUCGCUUUCCUGAAGACAGCAUUGAGCAGCAAAAUGAGCUCAUCCUGGCCCUGUUCAGUGGGGAGAACUUCCGCUUCGGAAACCCCCUGCACAUUGCCCAGAAGCUUUUCCGAGAUGGACACUUUAACCCUGAGGUGGUCAAGUACCGGCAGCUGUGCUUCAAGUCACAGUACAAGCGAUACCUCAACUCUCAGCAGCAAUAUUUUCAUCGGCUGCUGAAGCAGAUUCUUGCUUCCCGGAGUGGCCUGCUGGAGAUGGCCCGUCGGAGCGGCCCGGCCCUCCCCUUCCGGCAGAAACGCCCUUCACCAUCCCGCAGCCCUGAGGAACGCGAGUGGCGAGCGCAGCAGCGCUACUGGAAGGUGUUGAGGGAGGUGAAGGAGGAGUGUGGGGACACAGCCCUGUCAUCCGAUGAGGAGACCACGUUGGAUUUACAAGAAAAAUUUUCUUUUGAAGAUCUCAGCUCGUGGCUUCCAAGCUCUCCAGCACGUUCUCCUAGUCCUGCGGUGCCCCUGAGGGUGGUGCCCACGCUUUCAACCACGGACAUGAAAACCGCAGAUAAAAUAGAACUGGGGGACAGUGAUCUGAAGAUAAUGUUAAAGAAGCACCAUGAGAAGCGGAAGCAUCAACCAGAUCACCCGGACCUUUUGACAGGGGACCUGAGCCUCAAUGACAUUAUGACUCGAGUAAACGCUGGCAGGAAGGGCUCUCUUGCAGCUCUAUAUGACUUGGCUGUCCUCAAAAAAAGGGUUAAGGAGAAAGAGGAAAAGAAGAAGAAGAAAAUGAAAACGAUCAAAUCAGAGGCAGAGGAUCUGGCUGAGCCCCUAAACAAUACUGAAGGAGUCCAAUCUCUUUCAGAGGCCCCAUCUCCACUGGCAAUACCUGCUAUUAAGGAAGAGCCCCUUGAAGACCUCAAGCCUUGCCUUGGAAUCAAUGAAAUAUCUUCCAGCUUUUUCUCUCUUCUGUUAGAGAUCUUGCUGCUGGAGGGUCAGGCUAGCCUUCCUAUGCUAGAGGAGCGAGUGUUGGAUUGGCAGUCAUCUCCAGCCAGCUCUCUCAACAGCUGGUUCUCUGUGGCCCCCAACUGGGCUGAGUUGGUGUUACCAGCCCUGCAGUAUCUUGCUGGAGAAAGCCGAGCUGUUCCUUCCAGUUUCUCUCCAUUUGUUGAAUUCAAAGAGAAAACUCAGCAGUGGAAAUUACUUGGCCAUUCUCAAGAUAAUGAAAAGGAAUUAGCUGCACUCUUCCAGCUGUGGCUAGAGACCAAAGACCAGGCCUUCUGUAAGCAAGAAAAUGAAGACAGCUCAGAUGCCACAACACCUGUCCCUCGGGUAAGAACUGACUAUGUGGUACGGCCCAGCACAGGUGAGGAGAAACGGGUUUUUCAGGAGCAGGAGCGCUACAGGUACAGCCAACCGCACAAGGCAUUCACCUUUCGCAUGCAUGGCUUCGAGUCUGUGGUGGGGCCAGUGAAGGGUGUGUUUGACAAGGAGACCUCACUUAACAAGGCUCGGGAACAUUCCCUGCUGCGCUCUGACCGGCCUGCCUAUGUCACCAUCCUGUCUCUUGUUCGAGAUGCCGCGGCACGGCUGCCUAAUGGAGAAGGCACACGGGCAGAGAUCUGUGAACUGCUCAAGGAUUCUCAGUUUCUUGCACCAGAUGUCACCAGCACUCAGGUGAAUACAGUAGUGAGUGGUGCCCUGGAUCGGCUACAUUAUGAAAAAGACCCUUGUGUUAAAUAUGACAUUGGGCGAAAACUGUGGAUCUACCUGCAUCGUGACCGGAGCGAGGAAGAGUUUGAGCGGAUUCACCAAGCACAAGCAGCUGCAGCUAAAGCCAGAAAAGCUCUUCAGCAAAAACCCAAGCCCCCAUCCAAGGUGAAAUCUAGUAGCAAGGAGAGCUCCAUAAAGGUCCUCGGCAGUGGCCCUUCCGAGCAGAGUCAGAUGAGCCUCAGUGACUCCAGCAUGCCACCCACCCCGGUCACACCUGUAACCCCCACUACGCCGGCCUUGCCUGCCACCCCGAUCUCCCCUCCACUUGUAUCGUCAGUGAACAAAAGUGGCCCUGCCACUGUCUCAGAACCAGCUAAGUCUAGCUCAAGUGUUCUUCUGGUGUCCUCGCCAACAAUGCCACAGCUGGGAACAAAGCUUUCCCCAGCUUCCAGCCAGACGCCACCCAAUGCUCAGGCCACUGCCCGGGUCGUGAGCCACUCUGGCUCGUCUGGACUACCACAGGUACGGGUGGUGGCCCAGCCCAACCUUCCUGCUGUCCCCCAGCAGUCAGCAGGGUCAGCACAGACACUGCCACAGAUGCCAGCAGGACCACAGAUCCGGGUUCCAGCCACUGCCACACAGACCAAAGUGGUGCCCCAGACAGUAACGGCCACUGUUCCAGUCAAAGCGCACACUGCAGCUGCCACUGUGCAGCGGCCUGGACCUGGGCAGAUGGGACUCUCGGUGACAAGUCUCCCCGCCGCAGCCAGCUCUGUGAGCAAGCCAGCCACCAGCUCUCCCGGGAGCUCUGCUCCAAGUGUCUCCACGGCUGCCGUCAUUCAGAACGUCCCAGGACAGAACAUUAUCAAGCAGGUGGCCAUCACUGGGCAACUUGGGGUGAAGCCCCAGACAGGCAACAGCAUCCCACUCACAGCCACUAACUUCUGUAUCCAGGGUAAGGAUGUAUUGCGCCUGCCACCCUCUUCCAUCACCACAGAUGCCAAGGGCCAGACAGUUCUGCGAAUCACUCCGGACAUGAUGGCCACAUUAGCCAAGUCCCAGGUUACCACAGUCAAAUUGACCCAGGAUCUCUUCGGGACAGGAGGCGGUACUACAGGCAAAGGCAUCUCUGCAACCUUACACGUCACUUCCAAUCCAGUCCAUGCAGCUGAUAGCUCUGCCAAGGCCAGUUCAGCCAGUGCCCCUUCGUCAGCUCCAACAGGUACCACUGUGGUCAAAGUGACUCCUGACCUCAAACCAACAGAAGCCUCAAGUUCAGCUUUCCGCUUGAUGCCAGCCCUUGGUGUGAGUGUGGCUGACCAGAAGGGAAAAAACACAGUGGCUUCUUCAGAAGCAAAACCAGCUGCCACAAUCCGCAUCGUGCAGGGCCUGGGAGUGAUGCCUCCCAAAGCAGGCCAGACCAUCACAGUCGCAGCCCAUGCCAAGCAAGGGGCCUCAGUGGCCAGUGGGUCUGGAACUGUCCAUACUUCAGCAGUGUCCCUGCCCAGUAUGAAUGCUGCUGUAUCCAAGACUGUGGCUGUGGCUUCUGGGGUUGCAAGCACUCCCAUCAGCAUCGGGACAGGAGCCCCCACUGUGCGGCAGGUCCCUGUCAGCACCACAGUUGUGUCCACGUCCCAGGCUGGAAAGCUGCCUACACGGAUCACAGUUCCACUCUCUGUGAUUAGCCAGCCAAUGAAGGGCAAAGGUGUGGUCACAGCACCCAUCAUCAAAGGCAACCUCGGAGCCAACCUUAGCGGGUUGGGCCGCAAUAUCAUCCUUACGACCAUGCCAGCAGGUACUAAGCUCAUUGCUGGCAAUAAGCCUGUUAGUUUCCUUACUGCCCAGCAGUUGCAGCAGCUUCAGCAACAAGGUCAGGCUGCACAGGUGCGCAUCCAGACUGUCCCCACAUCCCAUCUCCAACAAGGAACCGCUUCUGGUUCCUCCAAGGCGGUCUCCACUGUUGUUGUCACCACGGCUCCAUCUCCUAAACAGGCACCUGAACAACAGUGAUUAGGAGAGUGAGAUGGCUUCCACGAAAGACCAGACCUGGUCUGUCCCUCUAGCUGAAAGGAAGGGAGCAGGGAGGUUGCAUCAUUCCUCUAAGCUUGUCUAAGGCAGGCCGGGAGGGGGUUGGUGACAACAGUGGCCUGAAUUCUGCUGCCACGCUCCACAGUGGAGCAUCCUGAGAAAGGUUUAUUCCACGGUUUCAAGGUCUGCUUUGUGCUAAUCCAGGAGAAGAUUCUGUUGAAAUUGUGGGAGGUCACAGUUAUGUCAUACGAGCCAGAGUUCUCUCCCAAGAUUGAGACACCCAGGGACAGCUUCUUGGUUGCAGAGUGCACAGUGAAUAAGCCUUGCUGUAUAUGAGGAUUGUGUUUUUAGCUUCUGGUCUUCUCCGUGACUAGUGGUAUGGAUAUGAGUUUUGUGUCCAGAAAAUUUUAUGUAACUUAUUUUUUUAAAGAACCUAUUGUACAUCCUUAUCAAAUAGCAACCUGGCUUUAGCCCCUGUAAACUCGUUACUUAUUCUUUUGACCAGAAUGAGCGAAUAGCAAGAAUCUUAGUGAAUCGGUGGCUGACUUGAUAUCUACAUAGUAAUCGAGAGGCUAUAAGAUGGGGAAAAAACAUAUGAAGGUGGUGUGGAUUCCCUGAAAUGGGACUAGUUUGGCAGUGCCUCUGAAAGAUGGGGUGUUGGAUCUUGAUUAUGGUCCAUGCCUUCACCUGCUGACUUCGUUCUUCUCAGGAAGCAGGUUCACAGGCAAGUCCGGGGCUGGUGGACAAGAGUAGCAAGAUGAUAGCAGAGAUGCUGCUUUUGCAGCACAGACUUUGUUGCAGUUCAGAGAUUAUACAUUUUGUUUUGCUCCAGAGUAGGAAUCAUAACUGGGCCCUUGGGUCUGGUCACCUGUUUUUGUAAAUAAAGUUUUACUGGAACAGCCCAGACGCAUUUGUUUAUGUAUUAUCUCUGCCUGCAGAAGGAUAGGUUAUCAGAAGGUAGACUUGAGCGGUUGCCAUAAGGACAGUAUGGUCCUCAAGCCUAAACUAUUUCUUUUAUGGCCCUUUAAGAAAAGGUUUGCUGACUCCUGCUCCAUAGUGGAGAUGGCAGGAGAAGAGUGGGGUGUGCAGGGACAGGGAUCUGUCUGCCUGGCAGUACCAACCACAAAAGAGGUAGAUCUGGAUUUGCAAGUCAUUUAAUCCUAGCCAUUUCACACUUCUCAGCCUCUGUCAGCUACAGGGUGAGCUCACAAUGGUAUUUUAAAAUGUAGUAAGUAAUUAAAGCACUGGUUGUUAACAAUAUAUGUCUAUUUUGUCUUGGGGCGGGGCGGGGUGAAGCUUUUUCUGUAGUGACAGGGCUUCCCUUUCUCUCUUAAAAAGUAUCCAAAUUAUUGAAAAUGUAUCUAAUUUGUGGACAUUUAGUGAUGAUCUUUUGUGGGUUCUAGGUGUGGAAGAAGAGCUGGAGGGCACUGAAUGGAAUGGCCUAGUUUGGAGUUGGGUGGUUAGGCAGGUUGCAGAGGAGCAGAGAAGGGUUAGAACAGCUUAUUGGUUAUACAGUGGUUUUACAGACAUUUCAUUUAAUUCUUAAGCAAUUCUGUAAAACAGAUGUGAUCCCCCUGUAUCUGUGAGAAGAUGCGAGGCUGAGUUGAAAGUUAAAGAGAACCAAGGGAUAAAUCCAGCCUUCUGAUUAUAAGUCAGGUUCCCUCUGCUUCCUUCCUAAGGGGAGGGUGGCUGUGAUGUCCCUGGGGACAGCCUGAGUCAGGAGGUGUGGAGUAAGCUGAGGUAAGGGUGAGCUCUGGAGGGGUGCGGAGAGGACUGGCACAGGCCCAACUGGUGGGGGUAAGGGUUGGGGCUGCAGAGAGAGGAAAGGAGAGUGCAUCUGUGCUUUAUAAUGCUUUGGUAUUUGCAUAUCAGUGUUAUUUCCAAGAGUCAUGUUUCCCCGCAAAGCCAUGUGACAGUUUCUAAAUGAGAAAAAGUUAAGAAUUUGAGAGAUCCUUUCUGAGGUAUUCAUUGCUGGUUAAAAGUAAGCCUCUUCUGAAUUUACUUAACAAAUGAUUGUAUAAAAGUAGCUCUGUUCUUCAGCCUCAGCCCCACCCUGCACUUUGAUUUCCUGAAGUUCCCUGCCUUUGCCUGUCUCCUUUGGGCACGCAGAUGUGCACGUCCUGGAGAGCAGGGCUGUGAGGUAUGGGUCUGCUUUUGGUGGGUGGUGGGGUUGACUCCCUGGUGAGUAUAAUUGUGGUACUACCUAGCCUGUCAGCGGAAUGAUGUAGAAUGGAGACCCCCACUGAAGGCGUUCACAGUGACAGCACCAGAUUUGCACCAUGUUUGCUUCCUUUGGAUGCUGACCUCAGGGUCUCCUGGAGAAGGGGUAGCUGUGGCAUGUGUUUUGUGGGGAGCCAUUCCAGAAGAACUUCUGGUGGCAGCCAUUGAGCCCCUGAGCCUCUGGUUGACAGCUUGGUAAAAUUAUUCAGACGGUGUAUUUGAGGUGGGAUUUGGUGAAUAGCACUGUGAUCAGUUUUUACUUUAAUGCCACAUUUAAGAAUGUUUACAAGAGGGUUGAGCACUUCAUGGAGGUCUCCUAAACCAUGCUAUCUAAAGGGAUUCAAAAUAAAUUUUUAUAUUUUAUAUCCGAUCUUCACACCUCAACCCCUCACUCUGUAGAAAAGACAACCUUAAAGUAUUCUGCUUUAAAGAAAAAAAAUCUCAAAUAGAGAUCUUUUCUAUGAAAGUAAAACUGAAUAGUUUCCUUCUUCCUACUACCUCCAGCCCCCAGGGAGAGAACACAUAUUAACUGCCAGUGAUAGGUCCUCCAUUUCUUGUCGAAUGAACGUUUGCAUUCUUAUUCAGCCAGCAAACCAAGGUGGAUCCUGAAAGGGAGUUCUCUUCUCUAAUAACAAAUCACUGCUUUUAGUGGCUCAUUUGAAAUUGCUAAGCUGUGACUUCAGCUCUGAAAGGCUGGCCAACCAUGGGAGGUUACCUUUCACCCAAGCACAGCAUUCCUCCCAAAGAGCACAUGGUGCAUGUAAGUAGUCUCUCCUGCAGUGCGUGUGUGAUGUAGCAAGGUGCAGUGGUGAGGGAGGCGCUGGGUUUUUGAGUGAUGCUGAAGACCGGUUCUGCCACGUAGCAGAUGUGUGACCCCCGGCUGACCGGCUUCUCAGAAGGACCUUCCGCACUUGGAUCAUAGGCGGUUAUGGGAACUGCAUGAGGUAGAGUGUGUCUCAGAGUCUGAAAAAUGCUAUGCAAAUGAAGGGUAUAAUUUGAUCCCUGAGACCCUUCAACUGUGUCCUAACUCACUUCUGUCAGUUUAUAGAACUUCAUGUAUUUGACUCUCCAUGUUCUUUGCUGCGUUCACUGUCUUUGUGCCUACUACUCCCUCUGCUGGAAUGUACUUUUUCGGCACAUUUGGAACGGGCAAGCUCCCCAUUUCUCCAGUCCCCUUUCUGUCUCACCUCCCACAGUGCCCAUCACAUUGUAUACAACUGUCUGCAUGUCUCUCCCAUAGGACUGUAAACUCCUUGCUGGAAACACAAUCUCUAAUCCUUACAACCAUUUCAGUGUUGGUGCAUAGUGUUUAAGAGAUAUUUGUUGAAGGAAGUUAAAAAACAAACAAAAACCAAACAGUUCCAGAACCAAGACUAGAGUAUCAGGAUUUUAUAUUACUAAUUCAGAAUUCAUAUUCUUUGUAAGAUUUAUAUCCGUUGCUCUCAGCUACAUUACAAUGCAAGGCUUUCCCAUAACCUGACAUUUUUCUCUCAACCCCAUUAUACAGAUUUCUUCUCAGAUCAUCUGUUAGGGUAACUCUGAGGAGUCAGAACAUCUGAGUUUCAACUCUCACCUGGGUCACUAGCUUCCUGACUGAAAAAAAAAAACCAAAAAACCACCUUUGGUCUAAUUUUGUCACUUAUCAACGCAGUAUUGCAGUAUUCUAGUGUGAUUAGUUAGGAAAUGUUUUAACAAGUAAUAUUUAAAAUACAAAAGCUUGCAGAUUAUUUUACUUUUAAAAAGUAUAUAAGUUAGAAUUGUUUUCUCAAAAAUAAAGGCAUCAUUCACUUACAUUCUGAUAUCUUUCUGGUAAUAAAGUACCUGCUUUCUUGAGAGAAGAAGGGGUUUGUUAUCAGAAGCAGUAAAUUCUCUUGCUGGAUUUAUAUUCUGGAUUUACUUAUGAAACCACUUCCUGUUUUAUGGUUUUCAGGGUCUUAAUUUCUCU